CAAUUAAUUUUAGAAGGCAAAUAAAUUAGAAAAUGGUUGACUUUGCCCCUUCCACGUUGCCCACCAUGUCUCACUUUAUUGAGUGCAGACCAGAUGCUAGUUGCUCAGAGAAUUGUGGCUGCCUGUGGGCUGUGAGUGAGAUUCCACCUGGUGGCCCUGGGGACUGAACACACCGGUGACGACUGCUGCCUCCCAGGUGUCUGGCAGAGCAUUGGGAAAUCCCUGCCUCAUUUUGACAUGAAACAGUAAUAUGAGUCAAGGGGAAUAGGCUUAUCUUGAAGUAAUGGGUAAAACAGUGUAUUUGAAAGAGCCUGCUGGAGUUCUCCAUUUGUUAUGCUCCUUUGGAAAAAGAUGAUCAAGUUCUCGGUCAGAAUAAUAAGUUUCUUUGUCUUGCUCAUGUUGUGUCCUGGGAAACGUAACAUAUAGAAUGCAUAGCUCUGGGUUCAGGUGCUGCCACCAGUUGUACUGUGAGCUGCUUGGGUUGUCAGAUUCUAAUGUUUAUCUCAUGUUUUUCCCUUUGCACCUGUUCUGCCCCUUUGAAAGGCAGUUUUCUGUGCCUCAUCUUAAAAUAAGGCAUUUUAAACUGUAAGUCGUUUGUUUUAGAUUUUGUCUCAUGUUUUAAGAGAAAGCUGUGGUUUUGUUUUGUCUUUAAGGCUCUGCCUUGCAGGAUCAGGCCUCACGGCUGGGGGUUCCUGUGGGUAUUCUGUCAGCCACGAUGGUUGCCUCUGGUGUGGGACAGAUCUGUGCGGCUCCAGUGGAUCCCAGCCACCCUGUACUGCUGACCGUGGAGCAGAGAGUAAGACCAGCAAACAUGAGGAAACCUGCCCUUGUUGCUUUUAAGCUGGUUGGGAAAAUAGGACAUUUCUUUAAUAGUGUUUCGGAAGAAGCUGUCUUCCCUGUUAGAGGUGGCUCAGUAUUUAUUGGCACACAAUAUGUUCUCCCGUCUUUCCUUUUGUCAAGAAUUGUGGAAAAUACAGAAUUCUUUGUUGCUUGAAGCGGUGUGGCAUCUUCAUGUACAAAGCAUUGUGAGCCUGCAGGAGUUGCUGGAAAGCCAUCCUGACAUGCGUGGUGUGGGAGCGUGGCUCUUCAGGAACCUGUGCUGCCUCUGCGAACAGAUAGAAGCAUCCUGCCAGCAUGCUGAUGUCGCCAGGGCCAUGCUUUCUGAUUUUGUGCAAAUGUUUGUUUUGAGGGGAUUUCAGAAAAACUCAGAUCUGAGAAGAACUGUGGAGCCUGAAAAAGUGCCCCAGGUCGCGGUUGAUGUACUGCAGAGAAUGCUGAUUUUUGCACUUGACGCUUUAGCUGCUGGAGUACAGGAGGAGUCCUCCACUCACAAGACCUUGAGGGGCUGGUUCGACGUGUUCAGCGGACACACGCUUGGCAGUAUAAUUUCCACAGAUUCUCCGAAGAGGUUUUUCAGUCAUACCCUGACUCAGAUACUCACUCACAGCCCUGUGCUGAAAGCAUCUGAUGCUGUUCAGAUGCAGAGAGAGUGGAGCUUUGCGCGGACGCACCCUCUGCUUACCGCGUUGUACCGCAGGCUCUUUGUGAUGCUGAGUCCAGAGGAGUUGGUUGGCCAUUUGCAAGAAGUUCUGGAAACGCAGGAGGUUAACUGGCAGCGAGUGCUCUCAUUUGUGUCUGCACUGGUUGUGUGCUUCCCAGAAGCACAGCAGCUGCUCAAAGACUGGGUGGCGCGUUUGAUGGUCCAGGCAUUCGAGAGCUGCCAGCUGGACAACAUGGUCACUGCGUUCCUGGUUGUGCGCCAGGCAGCACUGGAGGGCCCCUCUGCAUUCCAGUCAUACGCAGACUGGUUCAAGGCCUCCUUUGGGAGUGCACGAGGCUACCAUGGCUGCAGCAAGAAGGCACUGGUUUUCCUCUUCAAGUUCUUGUCAGACCUUGUGCCUUUUGAGUCCCCUCGGUACCUGCAGGUGCACAUUCUCCACCCACCCCUGGUUCCCAGCAGGUACCGCUCCCUCCUCACAGACUACAUCUCAUUGGCCAAGACGCGGCUGGCUGACCUCAAGGUGUCUAUAGAAAACAUGGGACUCUACGAGGAUUUGUCAUCAGCUGGGGACAUUACUGAGCCCCACAGCCAGGCUCUUCAGGAUGUUGAAAAGGCCAUCAUGGUAUUUGAGCAUACAGGGAAAAUCCCAGUCACCGUCAUGGAGGCCAGCAUAUUCAGGAGGCCUUACUACAUGUCCCACUUCCUCCCUGCGCUGCUCACACCUCGAGUGCUUCCAAAAGUCCCUGACUCCCGUGUGGCUUUUAUAGAGUCUCUGAAGAGAGCAGAUAAAAUCCCCCCGUCUCUGUAUUCCACAUACUGCCAGGCCUGCACCACUGCUGAAGCGAAGCCGGAAGAUGCAUCCCUGGGAGUAAGGGCGGACCCCAGCUGUGCCGAGGAGCCCCUGGGACAGCUCACGGCUGCCCUGGAAGAGCUGAGAGCAUCCAUGACAAACCCUAGCCAGCAUGACGUUAUCUCCGCACAGGUGGCAGUGAUUUCUGAAAGACUGAGGGCUGCCCUGGGCCACACUGAUGAUGAUGACAGCGUUGAGUUAGCAAAGAUUCAACUCAGCAUCGACACACCGAGACUGGAGCCACGGGAACACAUGGCCGUGGACCUCCUGCUGACGUCUUUCUGUCAGAACCUGAUGACAGCGUCCAGUGUGGCUCCUCCAGAGAGGCAGGGGCCCUGGGCCACCCUCUUGGUGAGGACCAUGUGUGGACACGUGCUCCCUGCAGUGCUCACCCGGCUCUGCCAGCUGCUCCGUCACCAGGGCCCGAGCCUGAGUGCCCCCCAUAUUCUGGGCUUGGGUGCCCUGGCCGUGCACCUGGGUGAGUCCAGGUCUGCGCUCCCGGAGGUGGAUGUGGGUCCUCCUGCUGCCACGGUGGGCCUUCCUGUGCCCGAGCUCUUUGAAAACCUCCUGACCUGUAGGACCAGGGGUUCCUUGCUCUUCUGCCUGAAGUUUUGUACAGCAGCAAUUUCUUACUCUCUGUGCAAGUUUCCCUCCCAGUCACUUGGUGUCUUGUGCAGCUGCUUAUCUUCAGGCCUUAUUAAAAAGUUUCAGUUCCUUGUGCUCAGAUUAUUCCCAGAGGCCCGACAGCCUCUUUCUCAGAACGCAGCCAGCCUUUCCUGGAGACCCUUGUAUCUACCUUCUGCAGACUGGCAGAGAGCUGCCCUCUCUCUCUGGACACACAGAACCUUCCGAGAGCUGUUAAAGGAGGACGAUGUUCAGUUAACUUACCGAGACUGGCUACACCUGGAACUGGAAAUUCGACCUGAAGUUGAUGCCCUUUCAGAUACAGAAAGACAGGACUUCCACCAGUGGGCGAUCCAUGAGCACUUUCUCCCUGAGCCCUCUGCCUCAGGGGGCUGUGACGGAGACCUGGAGGCCGCAUGUACCAUUCUUGUCGAUGCGCUGAUGGAUUUCCACCAAAGCUCAAGGAGUUACGGCCGCUCAGAGAAUUCUGAUUGGGUCUUUGGCGGCCACACAGGAAAUGACGAUAUUAUUUCCAGAUUGCAGGAGAUGGCAGCUGACCUGGAGCUGCAGCAAGACCCCUCGGUGCCCCCCAGCCACUCCCCUUCCCAGGGGCACUUCCUCUAUGGGAUUUUCCACAGACGGCUCCAGGCUCUGAUCAGCGGGUGGGGCGUAGCUGCCAGCCUUCGGAGACAGAGGGAGCUUCUCAUGUACAAAAGGAUCCUCCUCCGCCUGCCUUCAUCUGUCCUCUGCGGCAGCAGCUUCCAGGCCCAACAGCCCAUCACUGCCAGAUGCGAGCAGUUCUUCCACUUGGUCAACUCGGAGAUGAGAAACAUCUGCUCCCACAGAGGCGCCCUGACGCAGGACAUCACUGCCCACUUCUUCAGGGGUCUCCUGAACGCCAGUCUGCGGAGCAGAGACCCUUCUCUGAUGGUCGACUUGAUGUUGGCUGAGUGCCAGACGAAAUGCCCCUUAAUUUUGACCUCUGCUGUGUUGUGGUGGCCAAGCCUGGAGCCUGUGCUGCUCUGCCAGUGGAGGAGACGCUGCAAGAGCCCACUGCCCCGGGAGCUGCAGAGGCUGCAAGAAGGCCGCCAGUUUGCCAGCGAUUUCCUCUCUCCUGAUGCCACCCCCCAGGCACCCAACCCAGCCUGGCUCUCAGCUGCUGCACUGUACUUUGCAGUUCAACAAGUCGGGGAAGAAAAUGUCCGGACCCAGCUCAAAAAGUUGGACUGCGAGAGAGAGGAGCUAUUGGUUUUCCUUUUCUUCUUCUCCUUGAUGGGCCUGCUGUCGUCACAUCUGACCCCGAACAGCGCCCUGGGCCCACUCAAGGCUUUGGAUGUUUGUGCUGCAGUCCUCGAGUGUUUAGAGAAGAGGAAGAUAUCCUGGCUGGCGCUCUUUCAGUUGACAGAGAGUGACACCAGGCUGGGGUGCCUCCUCCUCCGCGUGGCCCCGGAUCAGCACUCCAGGCUGCUGCCUUUCGCCUUCUACAGUCUUCUCUCCAACUUCCACGAAGACGCAGCCAUGAGGGAAGAGGCCUUCCUGUGUGUUGCUGUCGACAUGUACCUGAAGCUGGUCCAACUCUUUGUGGCUGGGGAUACGAGCACAGUUUCACCUCCAGCUGGCAGAAGCCUCGAGCUCCAGGGUCAGGGCGACCCUGUUGAUCUGAUAACAAAAGCUCGCCUUUUUCUGCUGCAGUUAAUACCUCGGUGCCCGAAAAAGAACUUCUCACACAUAACAGAGGUAAUGUCAAGCUGCCCACCUUGGGGACGUGAGAAUUCCCAGCUGCCUGGGCCAUGGGCCCGCCUGGCGGGCAGCAUGACUCCGCUGUCCUGCCAGCACCCCUCCCCUGUGGGCUGAGUCCCUGCUCUCUCCCAGCU